AUGUCGCCCUCGCCUGUUGUGAAUGUGCGUAGCUACGAUCAAAGUUCUGACGUACAGGUCGUUCGUUACUCGGCCCUCGUCGGUGGUAUCGCCUACGGUAUCCUGCACCGUCGGUCGCUGCAGGCCAAGUACGAUGAGCGCAUCCACCAGAAGGCCACGAAGCACCAGGAAGACCUGAUCAAGAAGGCCAAGGAAGAAUAUGCCAAGCUACAGGCUGCCAAGGCGCCAGCUCCGUCGGCUAACGACGCCGUGGUGUUCAACCCCGAGGACCCGAACUUUAACCUCGACAAGGUCCUUGCCUACCUGGAAAAGCUUUAG